GCUUCCUGCACCGAGCCCCACGCUCAUUGGGGCGGUGCAACUCCCACCUGUGUCGCGAUUGGCUAAGGUGGCCGUCGCUCACGCCCCGGAAGGGGCGGAGAGUGGAGCCCGCUUGCGCAAUGGGUCAGGCCGCGGGCGAUGCUGUUGCGGAGCGUAGCCGCGGGCGGCCGGGCGGCGGCCUCGGCCUCCCGGUGCUCGCACCCAGCCUGAGGGAGUCCAGAAGCCCAAGGUCGCCACGGGGCUCUGCCAGCCUGGCCAUGAACCUGGAGCCACCCAAGGCCGAGGUCCGCUCAGCCACCAGGGUGACGGGGGGCCCCGUCACGCCCAGGAAAGGGCCCCCCAAAUUUAAGCAGCGGCAAACCAGGCAGUUCAAGAGCAAGCCCCCCAAGAAAGGUGUCCAAGGGUUUGGGGACGACAUCCCUGGAAUGGAAGGCCUGGGGACAGACAUCACCGUCAUCUGCCCGUGGGAGGCCUUCAACCACCUGGAGCUGCACGAGCUGGCCCAGUACGGCAUCAUCUAGCCGCACCGCGUCCGGCCCGCGGCUCCCACGCCCACCGCAGCCAGGCGUCAGGCUGCGUCUGAAGACCUUCAGAGGGCAGCGAGGGCAGCCCCCUGCCCGGCCUCCGGAGCCGGGCCCACAUCCCCUCCUGCACCUGGAAGCCAGGGCUGGUGCCGCCGUCAGCGCUGUUUCGAAAU